AUUGAACAAAACUUCCAUUCACUGCGCUGCCAACUGCCUGGCUCGACUGCCGCCGCCGCGGGCCAUUUCCUGACUGUAAGAAUAGCCGCGUAGCGCUGGGGACUCCUCAUUCUGUCAGCGACGCGGGGGAGUCUCAGCACAGGGCAAACCACUGCCGCGCCGAGAGGGGUGAACUCACUGGCCGCCUUCUUGUCCCAGGACAGGGCACCUAUAAGAGCGGACUUCUGUAAUCCGGGGAUUUGUCUCCUGUAUGAGUGACAGGGCUGACAGAACGCGCCGUGCCCGCGGAACUUCAGGGACAAACUUGAGCGCAGCAGCCAUGGAUAUGAGUGCGCUGGGCAGGCUGCUGCUGCUCCCCGUACAGAUCCUAUUCUCCAUUCUAAAGGUUGCCGCCAACUUGCUGAUGCCCAAUAAGCUGAGGGACCUGAGCGGGGACACUGUGCUCAUCACCGGCGGAGGCAGGGGGAUCGGCCGGCACCUCGCGAGGGAGUUCGCAAAGCAGAAGGCUAAAAAGAUAAUUCUGUGGGGCCGGACAGAGAGGUGCCUUAAGGAAACUGCUGAAGAAAUUAAGCAAAUGGGAACGGAUUGUUCAUACUUUGUGUGUGAUGUUGGUAACCGUGAGGAAGUCUACCAACAAGCGAAAGCUGUCCGAGAAAAGGUUGGAGAUGUAACCAUUUUGGUGAACAAUGCAGCGGUGGUGCAUGGCAAGAGUCUCAUGGACAGCGAUGAUGAUGCACUCUUGAAGUCACAACACAUUAACACACUAGGACAAUUUUGGACUACAAAAGCUUUCCUGCCACGUAUGCUGGAACUUCAGAAUGGCCACAUUGUUUGUAUAAACUCUGUGCUGGCCUUAUCUGCCAUCCCUGGUGCCAUUGACUAUUGCACUUCCAAAUCGUCCUCCUUUGCCUUCAUGGAAAGCUUGACCUUGGGGCUUUUGGACUGCCCAGGAGUAAAUGCUACAACAGUAUUGCCAUACCACACCAGCACAGAGAUGUUUCAAGGAAUGAGAGUAAGGUUUCCUAGCCUUUUCCCAUCUUUAAAGCCUGAAACCGUAGCUACAAAAACAGUGGAGGCCGUUCAGAAGAAUAAAGCUUUUCUUCUACUUCCAUGGACAAUGCAUGCACUUGUGAUCUUAAAAAGCAUCCUUCCUCAAUCAGCACUUGAAGAAAUACACAGAUUUUCGGGAGCUUACACCUGCAUGAACACUUUCAAAGGGAGGACAUAGACCCCACGAGAGACUACUGUGCACAAACAGGCGCAAGAAAUCCUAAGAAGACUGUGGAGCCGAGUCUCUGCUUUCAUGGCCGGGUCAAUUAUUGGCCAAUGCAGCAAAUCGUUCUUCCAGGUCAUUCAUCCUGUAACGUGGCCUUUGGGCAGGCCCCAAUAUUGCUGAACUCUAUGGACUCUGGAGCAAGCAAAGUGAAUCUUGUUUUCCUUUCUUUUAGGGAUUUAGAGUUUUUAUUGUUUAACUCUGCUGGUAGCAAAAAAAAGGUUCAAAUUUUACUUUUUUUAAUCUGCUUUUAGCAAUUGUUUCAGCGACCGUUGCAUUGUGUUGUAGCGCUAAACUCGGACCAAUCCUGUCUCUAAUCCAGUGAAAAUAUUGGAAAUCAUCAGUGAGUUCACACACACAGUAUCGUAGUUUCUCGGGAUGAUUAACAGAGCCACCAUAUUGGUAUAUUCAUCUGGCAAAACACAAAACUUAAAAAUUUAAGUAAGGUUUUAAUAUAUUUUUAAGCUAUUCCAUAUUAAAUGGCUUAGUAUUUUGUUUUUUCUUCUUCUAAGGGCUUGAAAAAAAAAAUCAGGUUUUUGUACAGCUUUGUUUUUAAUGUGUAUUUAAAAGCAUUAACUGGGAUUUAGCUUGACUCCCCUUCCUUUAAAAUGCUUUGUUGACUUUUAACGGAUACCAAUAGCUGUAACCAGAAUAAUAUACAUUAUAACAUGUAUGCUCACUUGUGCCGAGAGGAGGGGGGAAAACUGGUCUACCAUUUUAUUCAUAUCUUGCAAUGCUCAAAGUAAAAGGUUUGGAAAAAAAAAAAGUGUGAAUGGGAUUUGUUGAUUAUUUGCUAGGAUGUAAAUUAUUCCGUUUGUGUGGUUAUUCCUUUGUAUUGCCAUUGUGUUAUAAUAUAAACCUGAUUUAUACACUAA